AUGGAGGAUGUCAGAUUUGGUGUAUGGGAUUACGUGGUCCUGGCUGGAAUGCUCCUGAUCUCAGCUCUAAUUGGGAUCUACUAUGCCUGCUCUGGCGGAAAGCAGAAGACAGCGACGGAAUACCUCCUAGCUGGUCGUAACGCCAAUCCGAUACCAGUGGCUUUCUCCUUGGUGGCAGGCUUCGUUUCAGCUAUCACGGUUCUAGGUGUCCCUGCCGAGGUCUAUGCUUAUGGUGCCAGGUACUGGUUGUUUGCCGGUGCUUUCGUCGUGGCAGGAUGUAUGACGAGUCUUACCAUGCCCGUGUUUGUAAGACUGAAAGUUACCAGUGCUAAUGAGUACCUUCAACUUCGAUUUAACAGAGUCCUACGAUUGGUUGGGACUGCCAUAGCUUUUGUUACGAUGAUAUUUUACAUUGCUGUGGUGAUCUACGCCCCUGCCCUGGCCUUAAAUCAAGUAACUGGUGUUAGUCUAUGGGGAAGCGUGGUGGCAACCGGAGUUGUUUGUACAUUUUACACUACAAUAGGUGGGAUGAACGCUGUAAUAUGGACGGAUGUCUUCCAAUCAUUGGUCAUGAUGUGUGGUCUCCUAGCUGUUAUUAUUCAGGGUUCCAAUGAGAGUGGUGGUAUGGACAGUGUCUGGGAUACCUGUAGGAAUGGAGGACGGAUCAAUUUCUGGGAGUUUGAUCCAGACCCGACGAUCCGUCAUUCCUCCUGGGGCAUCGUGGUAGGGGGAGGUUUCAUCUGGGCCGCCGGGUACGGCGUAACACAAGCCCAGGUCAUGAGAUACCUCGCAUGUGGAAAAGUGAAAACUGCCUCGAUAGCAUUGGGGUUGGCAGUUGUUGGAAUGAUUAUCGUUCUUUCUUGCGCCGUACUAUCAGGACUGGUCAUGUACGCCCGAUACGCUACCUGCGAUCCUUUCAUAUCGGGCAAGGUUACGAGCGGAGAUCAGCUUAUGCCGUAUAUAGUUGUGGACCUAUUCGGGAAUACACCAGGUCUAUCUGGGUUAUUCACUGCUUCUAUACUAAGUGCUGCCAUGAGCACAGUUUCCUCUGGUCUCAACGCCCUGACAGCCAUUACUACUGAGGAUCUAGUGACGAAAGUGUUUCCACGCGUCAGAAAGAGUGAUUCCCUCUACUCUAUCGUCAGCAAAAUUGUCUUAUUUUCUUACGGUGCGAUUUGCAUUCUUCUAACGUACGUAGCUUCCCAACUUGGCAGUAUUUUGCAGCUGACGCUUAGUCUCGGUGGAAUGCUCGGCGGGCCACUUCUUGGCAUGUUUUCGCUUGGGAUGUUCUUCCCCUGGGCAAACAGCAAGGGCACUCUUGUAGGAGUCAUCGCUGGUCUUUCCUGGAGUCUUUGGGUUGGCAUAGGAACCUAUGUUGAUGGUAUUCUCUACCCCAGAGAUCCUGGCUUCCUUCCGCUCGAUGUCUCGGGUUGCCCAGCUACUCCGUCCAUGAACACGACAUCCUUGAUGACGAGCAUCACAGAGACAACUACAGAAAGGAUAACCGUAUAUCCGACAAUGCCUGCUCGAGAGACCCUUGGGAUUUAUGAGUUAUCUUAUAUUUGGCUUGGAUUCUAUAGCUUCCUAAUAACUGUUGUUCUCGGGUUAUUAUUUAGCUUCGUUACAGGACCGACGGAUCCACGCACGUUAAACCCAGCUCUGAUCAGUCCCAUCGCUGAUUGGUUCUUCUGUUGCUUACCUCCAUCUUGGAAGGAUCGAUUCAGAUGUAGGGUAGGACAGCAUUACCAAUCAGACGAAAAGGAACUUGUGAAGGAUGAACCAUUCGAGGUCAAAGGUCAGGACAAUGGAAUUGAGUCUGGAUAUGCUCUUGAUGACGACGUAUGCAACCGAAACGACGGUUCGGAAUAUGAUUCCUAUAAGUCUGAAGACAACGUUCCACCAAGUUAUGACGAGGUAUCAGACAUUCCACCCAAUGAAAAGGGAACACAAUGUAUCGGCUAUGAAGAUACAAAGCUAUAA